AUGCUGUCUUCAUUGAAGACGACUGGUCGUGCCAGGCGAGGGGCAGAUAGACUGAUUUGUCAGAUUCAGAAUGCACGUCAGUGUCGGAGCUACCAUGGUCUUCCAAGAAUUAAUAAGAGUAUAGUUGACACCAGAGGAGUUUUACUUUCUGGUUCUCAUCGUGAAAGAGAUAGCAGUCGUAUCUUUGCAACCGGCAUAUCUCAAGUUCCAAGAUUCACUACUGCACAGUUUUCGACAAGUCGGUUUGUGUUGAACAAUAGUACUGGAAAUGGUGAUGGAAGUAAUGGAAAGAAUGACGACUUACAAAAAGUCAAUAAUGAUCAGAUUAAUGAAAGCAAAGAAAAAGAAUUGGAAAAAGAAAAAGAACAGGAGAAUUCAGUAGAGUCAAGCUCUUCCGGAACAGGCUCGGAAGACACUGCCGCGUCACAAACUUCUGGUAAGAAGAAGAGUACGACUUCUGAAACAAGCAAGAGAUCUAGAAGGUCGUUAUCACCCAAGGUAUCAGAGUCAGAGUCUGCUACUGAAGCAGCUGCCCCAACACCACUUCGUAAAGCUGUUAAACCAUCUCCAUCAGCUGCCUCGAUUCUAUUUGCUGACAGCAACACUGCCAACAGCCAAGGAUCCAGCGAUAGUAGUAGUGGCGGUAAUAAUAGUAAUAAUGCUAGUGAGAAUGGUAAUGCCAAGAAACAGCCUAUCUCUCCUCUCAAACAGGUACUUCCUGUGGUGUUAUCGCAUCGACCAGUAUUUCCCGGAUUGGCUGUUCAUUGUAACUCAACAGAUGAGACAUUUAUCGCAGCUAUCGACGCUUUAGAGAAAACCAAAUCCUGGGACAGAACAGUUGUAGCAUUUUUAAGAAAGCCUGUAGAGGAUGAAGAGCCAACUGUCAAGAGCUCAUCCAGCGGCACAAUGACAGGGUCUGUUGGCCCAAGUGCAUCUCAUUCUACCACUACUCAGCUUAUGACCAAUGUCGAAGAAGCUUACUCGGUCGGCUGUGUUUGUCGUGUAGAGACUAUCGAGGUGACUGCAUCAGAUGGUAAGCUCAUUUUCAACUCGUCACUUUUCCCUCUAUACAGAGUUCGAGCUGGUGAGCUUACUGAGCCUGUCAAGGAUGCUCCUGUUAUUCGUCAAAGUGCAGCUAUUCUUGAUGCUGAUACUGGCCUCGAUGUCACCAGUUUUGACAAGGCUGCUGAGGAGCCCAAUAAUGGAUCAAGUGAAGAAUCAGUUGGUUCGAAUGGCAGUACUGAUGGCAGUGCCACUUCAGAACCAGCAGUCAAGCCAUCUGACAUAGUCAAUGUUCAUUGGAUGAAGGGUAUCACUGCUGUGUCUGACGAACCAUAUGCUGUUGAUGAUCGAGCAAUUCAGGAACUGUGUUUCAAGAUUAUCGAUGUGUUGUACUCGAUUUCAAACACCAGCUACCCUCUUAAAGUACAGGUUGAGAAGUUUUCUAAGCUUGUACGACGCUCACCAGGAGAGGAUUUCCAGAAACCCGAUUUCCUGGCCGAUUUCUGUGCUGCUUUAUGUUCUGGAGACAAGGAAAUCCAGGCUAUUUUGGAGACUGCUAAUAUCAAAACCAGGCUCGAAGCCAGUUUGGAUCUGCUAAAUAGAGAACUGCUAUCUAUUAAAAUGCACGAGAAGAUAUCCAAGGCUAUUGCUGAACAGACAGCUCAGCGCCAAAGAGAGUUUAUUCUUCAAGAGCAAUACAAGUAUAUCAAAAAGGAACUUGGUAUGGACGAUGAAAAGGGAAAGCUGGCUCAAAAGUUCUUGGAGCGUGCUGAUGCUCUUGCUAUGCCCGAAGAAGUCCGUAAGGUGUUUGAUGAAGAGCUGGCCAAGUUUAGAGGAUUAGAAAGUACCGCUGGUGAGUACAGCACUGUCAAGUCAUAUCUUGACUGGCUCGUGUCUCUGCCAUGGGGCAAAUUCUCUACUGAUAAGUUUGAUCUCAAUGCUGCCAAGAAGUUGUUGGAUGACCAGCAUUUCGGUUUAAAGGAAGUAAAGGACCGUAUUCUAGAAUUCAUUGCAGUUGCCAAACUUAGUGGAUCAGUCGAUGGUAAGAUUCUUUGUUUCGCAGGUCCUCCUGGUGUGGGUAAGACAUCAGUAGCUCGAUCCAUUGCCGAGGCACUGAACAGAAAGUUUGACCGAUUCAGUGUGGGUGGUUUAUAUGACGCUUCAGAAAUCAAGGGUCACCGUCGUACAUACGUAGCAGCAUUGCCAGGAAAAAUCAUUCAAGCAUUGAAGAAGUGUGAGACUCAGAACCCAGUGAUUCUCAUUGACGAAAUCGACAAAGUCGGUACCAGCAGUGUUCACGGCGACCCAUCAGCAGCUCUAUUAGAAGUUCUGGAUCCUGAACAGAACAAGAACUUUCAAGAUAUCUACCUCGACGUGCCAGUUGAUAUUUCCAAAAUCCUGUUCAUCUGUACUGCCAACACCCUCGACACUCUGCCCCAACCUCUAAAAGACAGAAUGGAGAUUAUCCACAUCCCAGGUUACGUCAAUUCUGAGAAGGUUUCUAUUGCCGAAGGAUAUCUCACCCCCAGCUUGCGCAAGAAGUCGGGUCUGGAGAAUGUCGAUAUCAAGCUUUCGUCCGAUGCUCUGCUGAAGCUCGUCACUUCAUACACCAGAGAAAGCGGUGUCAGAGGACUAAACAAGAUCCUCGAGAAAAUCUAUCGCAAGGUCGCAUACAAUGUUGUCAUUGAAAAGGAAAAGGACACUCCUCCCAUCGCAUCUGCAUCAGAGUCAGCCGCUGAGGCUGCUGCUACCGAGACUGCUUCGGAAAGUAAAGAUGCAGUUGCAGACCAGCCUAAAUCCGAGACAGUGGUCACAGCAGAUGCCAAAGAAGUUGCACCAGAACCAAUUGACCCUGAACUGCUGAAGGACUAUCAUCUCGAGAUCAAUGUGGACGACCUCACCAAGUACGUAGGAGCUCCACUCUACAACACAGUCCGACUCUACGAAAAAUUCCCUCCUGGUGUGACCAUGGGCUUAGCAUACACCCCUCUUGGCGGUGUACCUUUAUUCGUCGAGACAGUACUACAACAACCUUUAGAUCCUAAAUCGACACCCAAACUGACCAGAACAGGCCAUCUCGGCGAGGUGAUGAACGAAUCAUCGUCAAUUGCAUACUCAUUCAGCAGAAUGUACAUGGUCAAGCGAUUCCUGGGCAACCGAUUCCUCGAUCACGCUGUACUCCACACACAUUUCCCCGAAGGUGCUGUUAAGAAAGACGGACCAUCUGCCGGUAUUGCAAUGGCCACAAGUCUUAUCUCGUUGGCCUUAAACAAGCCUGUCAACCCCGACGUUUGCAUGACUGGUGAAAUAACCCUCACCGGCAAGGUUCUCCAAAUUGGCGGUUUAAGAGAAAAGUCUGCUGCUGCCAAAGCUGCUGGAUCUAAAAUCAUUGUUUUCCCUAAAGACAACAUGGCCGAAUGGGAAGACCUCCCCGAGAUGAUCCGUGAAGGACUAACUCCCAUGCCAGUUUCAUGGUACGACGAGGUAUUCGACAUCGCCUUCGGCCAAGUCGACCAGGCCGAAAUCGAGUCCAUGUGGAGCAAAGAGCUUGCUACCAAAGACGUCGACAACUCGACCCUCGGUCGCAACGACGACGCCGGAUUCACCCCACCACCCCCGCCACCACCAUCUAACCGGUCUCCAUCACUCCGAGCCUCCUCCCCCUACUAG